AUGGAGGCGGGUAUAGGUUCGGAGCGGGCUGCUUACGUAGCGGGUACGGGGCGCGCGGAAACGGCAGUUGAAACGGUGCACGGACCGCCUCUAGUUCCCGAGCACGCUGACGUUCGUGACCCACACGGGCUUCGUGACUUGCGGCCAAGCACCCGGGGUCUGCGUUCUGCUCAGUUUCGAGCGCUUCUCAUCAAAACGUACCAUUAUCAGCGUCGCCAAUGGUGCGACUCUGUCUGCAUCUUUCUCAUGCCCUUCGUUUUCCUACUUGCGGCGUUUAUUCUCGGGAAGAUCGUGAACUCCUCUAUCACACACAAACAAGUAACUGCUGCAGAGCAGAAUCCGCGAGGCGGAUUCGCACCGACUUUCUUUGACCCUAACCUCUGCGCCGAAUACGGCUCCUUGGGUUGCGAGCUUGGGCCUUUUCUGCCCGCAAUCGACAUUGCAGUCGGCGGGGUUUCCGUGGACGUCCCACUGGUGUUCCCGUACGCGGGGCCAGCGAGCUCUGCGACCAACCUCGGCCGCGUGAACUAUGCUAUUUGCAAUCCCCUGUUUUCGACUUCUGCUUGCGAAGCGCUUGCUGCAGCCGGACCGUCUGUCCGAGAGGGACUCUUCGGGAACUUUACGCUGCUCCCCUUUCUGUACAACGGCUCAGAUAUCUACAACGUCAACGAUCUGUUGCUCAAGGUGUUUAGUAACGAUACGUCCAACAAGCGCUACCAAGCCCUGGUCAAUUCCUCAAAGGCAUCGCCCUCGUAUCUGAACAACAUCUAUGGACUGAGUGUGGAGAGCUUUGGCGAUGGAUCCAGUGGCCGGGAGGCGCUUCUCCGCCAGCUGUACAAUGUCUUCUACACCAGCGAUCGUUACGCAUUUCCGCAGUAUUUCGGUGCUUACGUAAUCUCCGAUACGAGCUCGUUCCCGAAUAUCUCUGCGACCGUCUACUACAACAAUACCAAUCUGAAUCUACCGUAUCAGUCGCUUCCGUUGACAGUGCCUGCCAAUGAGUUUUGCUAUCCAGACGGCAACUGCCAGCUUAUCGCGGGAGUCAGUCACCUGUACGACGUUGUCGCCAAGGCGAACGGCAAACUCGGAGUCGAGAAUUUGCUGCGUAUUGUGCCCAAGGUCAAGGGUAUUCAGUCCAAUUUCAAUUUUGUACAACUCGUGACCGCAGUGCUGAUUGGCAUUCUCCUGCAUUUCAUGAUACCCUCAAUCCUACGGAAUCUGGUGAUGGAGCGUGAGAGCGGCAUCCGCCAAAACAUGCUCAUCAUGGGCUUGCGACUCCCGACCUACUACGUGGUGACGUACCUCGGUUUUCUGUUGAUGUACCUUUUGGUCAUGAUCAGCACGGUCAUCUUCGGCUUAGCAUUCCGUAUUCCUUUCUUUACGCUGAAUACACCGCUUCUGUACUUUGCAACGUUCCUGCUCUGGGGACUAGCGAUGAUAUCCUUCUGCAUGUUCUUGGCGCCGUUUUUCUGGGAACCGUCCACUGCGCUGAUCCUGGGCUGGACCUAUGUCGUCGUCAUCAACUUUAUUGGCGGCCAGUAUAUAGGGAACCUAUUUACUUACGGAGCGUCGUCGGCGACGUUCUUGGCCACAUUCCUGCUGCCGUCGUUCAGUUUCUUCUAUUCAGUCUACUACGCCGGUGGCGUCAACGUUGCCGGUGUUGGCAUCCAUGUCAGAUCCGAUAACACCACCGUUCCAGGGGUCAAUCUGGGCAUGUGUGCUGGAAAUUCACUCAUUUGCUACUCAUAUUUAUACCUGGCUGUUGAGGCAAUCGUUCUGCUGCUCAUUGGUCUCUACUUGGACCAGGUUAUCCCGCAUCGGUUCCAGGUUCGAAAGCAUCCGUUGUUCUUCCUCGGUUUCAAGCGCCGCGUAGCGUCAAAAGUUGUCAUCGAUGAAGAGAAGGCGAACACGCUCACAUCCAAGGCGGCUAUCGACAGUAGCGUGCAGGCCGAGGAAGAGGCUGCUGCUGCAGCGCUUGCCGUUCCGUACGAUGAGAAUGCACCGAGCGUCUGCAUUCAUAGGCUUUCAGUCGCUUAUCCCGGCAGGCCACCGUUCCACGCGGUUCGGGGCCUCUCGCUUGCAUUGCGACGCGAUGAGACUUUCGCAAUUAUCGGCCAGAACGGUAGUGGCAAAUCCACGACCAUGAAUUGCCUUACCGGCCUGCUUGAUAUCACGUCGGGCGAUGUGCGUAUCCUUGGUCUCGAGGUCCCAGGCGAUCUCAAUGAAAUCCAACUACAAAUGGGUGUGUGUCCGCAGUUUGACGUGCUUUGGAGUGAUCUCACCGGAGAGGAGCACCUCUACUUCUACGCCAGGCUGAAAAAUGUCCCGCGGGCAAAAAUCCGCUACGCUGUCCAGGACGCUCUGGAAAGCGUGCGGCUGGAUGCGCCCCAUGUACGGCACCGUUUGGCGCGAAAGUACUCCGGUGGGAUGCGUCGACGACUCUCUGUGGCGAUUGCCUUGAUCGGGGGCAGCAAGCUGGUCAUUCUCGAUGAACCAUCCACGGGUCUUGACCCCCAGUCGCGGUACGAUUUGUGGGCCUGUAUUCAGCAGCACCGUGCCGGGCGGACGAUUCUGCUGACAACCCACUCGAUGGAGGAGACGGAACGUCUCGCCGACCGUGUUGGCAUCAUGUGUAUGGGUCAGAUGCGAGCCAUUGGAAGGCCGAAUGAAUUGCGUUUGCGUCUGGGCCAGGGCUAUCGACUGGUACUGCAGACAACACUCUCGCGAGCAGUGGUUGCACACGAACGCAUUCUGGAAAAACUGAGUAGCAGGGCGGUUUUAGAAGCAACUGUUGGUGGUCAGUUCGUGUACAUGCUUCCACGGGAAGACUUGCAGCUCUCGCAGGUGUUUGAUGUGAUGAACGCCAUGCAGCUAUCAGGCAUCGUUACGGACUGGAGUGUUUCACAGGCCACCCUGGAGGAUGUUUUUCUGCGUGUAACCCGCGAGGCAGAGCGCGAAGCCGAAGAGCAUCGUGACAAGUGGGGCCUCUGA